AUGUCACCAGAUCAAGUAGUGUUAAAGAUUGCUAAAAAUGUGCAACCAAAGGAUUUGACAGCCAUUAUUGCGAUUGAUGGAAUGCGAUCAGCAGCAAUUUGUAACCAGCGAGCGUUCUUACCAAUAUCACCUUUAUCACCACCAAAAAGACAAGGAAUGCCUGUUUUUGUUGACAAUAAUCUUAUUGACAUACUUGUUAGUGAUAUGCCAUCAUUGAAAGCCAAACUUCCAAGUAUUUGUCAAAAAUUAUUUGAAGGAAAAAAUGCAAAGAAAAUAACAUUUAAUGAUAUUGCAGAAAAACUUGGAAGAGAUGAAGUUUGGGUCGCAGCAGCAAAACCGGAUGAAGAUGAUCUGAAAAAACUUAGUGUCAUAUUGGAUAUUAAAGAAAGCUAUUUAAUUGAUGACCUCGAUAAAUCUUAUUUCCCUACUCGUGGAGGAUUAAUUAAUAUGCCACCGAGUGAUCCAUUUCUCUACCGGUUUUAUGAAAUCUUACAAGUUUAUGGAUAUCCAUUAAAGUCUAUUGUUAAUGAAAAGUUUGGUGAUGGAAUCAUGUCUGCAAUUGAUUUUACUGCGAAUGUUGAUAAGGUUAAAAAAGAAGAUCAAGAGAGAGUAAAGAUCACAUUUGAAGGAAAAUUUUUACCAUACAAGAAAUGGUAG